AUGGCGUAUAGCUCCAAGAUCCUGAAUUUGAUAUCCAGUGAAAGAAUAUACUGUCUGGUGUCUGAUGACAUCGGCUAUGUGAUAUAUUCUGCACUGGGCAGCUUUUAUAUCCCGUCCUGCAUCAUGGUGUUCGUGUACAUCAGGAUAUACUAUGCUGCCAAAGCUAGGGCGAGAAGAGGCAUCAGGAAGAAUCCAAGGCCAAGAUCUAAUGACCAGCAAACAAGUUUCUCAAACGCGCCAAAGGGGUCGAACCCAAUGCCUUCUUCGUCUUUAACGAUGCCUGCGGGAGUGGACGGUAGUCAUUCCAAUAAUAAUAGGGAAACACAAAUAUCGACAAUAGAAACGCAGCAAGUUCCCAUACCUACGGUGACAUGCGAUUUUGCAUCAGACAUAUCCACUAGUGAGGCUGCAGACCAGGCACCAACUCCUGAUGAUAGGAAGGAUACACUCAAGGUGGUUACAUCAGCUCAAGUAACGAGAAAUCCAUUAGCCGCGUGUGCCUAUAGACACUCAACUCUUUCCGUAAACGGUGAGCUUGCUUUACAAUCUCAACGAUGCCGAGCUCCCAGCGUCGCCAUAGACACCGACAUGGUCUCCGAACUGGAGCCUUCGUCAUCGGACUCAGGAGUUGCCACACGCUGUGCAGUGGUCAAACCACUCAAACUUCGAAUAUGCCAGCCUAUUUUUGGUAAAAAGUCUGACCGAAAACAAGAAAAGACGCUACCCUCAAAGUCAGAACUGGAGCCAGCGUUGCCUAAACAGCAUAAACCAAGAGAUCCUGAAAGGGAAAAGAGACGAUUAGCGAGGAAAAAAGAAAAGCGAGCCACGUUGAUUCUAGGUCUAAUCAUGGGCAGUUUCAUCGCUUGUUGGCUGCCGUUUUUCUUUUUGUAUAUUUUGAAGGCUGCGUGUAGAUGGUGUGUUAUUCCCGGCAGUGCGUUCGCGAUCGCCUUCUGGUUAGGUUAUAUGAACUCAGUAUUAAAUCCUGUUAUCUAUACGAUAUUUAAUAAGGAUUUCCGAAGGGCGUUCAGGCGGAUACUGUUCAAGUGAUGUUUGGCCUACCUGUGCUGUUACCAAUGCGUGGCCAACAGGAUUUUGUUGGCCCAGCAGAGGGCAGCACCAGGUCUUUACAAUAUGCGUUAAUUCCUACUUGACAAAGCUAAAAUUAAUUUCACGAACCAUUCAACUGUUAAUAUUGUAUUAUAUUGAUUUCUUGGUAAGUGUAAUUAUAUUUAUUUCUCUAUAAAGAUUUGAAUAAGUACUGUUAAAAGGAAUUGAAUAUGACUUUGUUUAGAUUCAGUAGGAAAUGUUUUAAUUUUUAUUAUUACCAAAACAUCUGUAAUUACUACAUUAGAAACUAAAUUCAAUUGUUGAUUUAAACUAUUGAAAAAAGUCGGCGAAGUUGGAAAUUUAGUCUAUACUAAAGUAAAACUCAAGAAAUGUCGGCCCGAA